AUGGAAUUCAAUUCUUUUCAUGACAUGGAGAGCCACUGUACACAAUCUAACAUAAAUGGAGGAUUUUUAAUUCAACAGGUACCACGGAACAACCACACUGAAGGAAUACCAACAAGCAGCGAAACACAGUGUAAUCAGGAUACAGGAAACAGAAAAAACAAAAAGGAAUACAGAUGCAUAGCAAAUAUGAUCAACAUCCAACUCAGGAAAGCCUCAAAGGGGAUUUUAAUUAAUAUAAGGUUGAUCGAUGUUCAAUUCGUGAGACGACAGAACAAUGGAGAUUACGAAACAAGCGAGAAUCAAACGCAGAGAAACAGAGAAGGUAAAUAUAGCAAAGAGAGAGGAAGGGACAUACCAGAUCGAAUAGGAGAAAGGCAACAACAAGCUCAGUUUUCAUACAGCAAUCUCAGCAUCACAAACGAGCUGGAAUCGAAACAACUUCAAGAUUUCAAGCUUUUGCUUAUUGGAGAUUCGGGUGUUGGCAAAUCGUGUCUCCUUCUGAGAUUUGCUGAUGAUUCAUAUCUUGCGAGUUACAUUAGUACCAUUGGUGUGGACUUUAAAAUCAGCACAGUUGAACAGAAUGGGAAAAUCAUUAAACUUCAAAUUUGGGAUACUGCUGGUCAAGAACGUUUUAGGACAAUUAUCAGAAGUUACUAUCGCGGUGCACACGGAAUAAUUGUGGUUUAUGAUGUAACCGACCAAGAGAGCUUCAACAAAGUCAAGCAAUGGUUGAGUGAAAUAGACCGAUAUGCAAAGGAUAAUGUGAACAAACUUCUUGUUGGAAAUAAGUGUGAUCUCACAGCACAGAAGGUAUUUUCCACAGAGACAGCUCAGGCUUUUGCUGAUGAGAUUGGCAUACCUUUCAUGGAAACAAGUGCAAAAAGUGCCACUAAUGUAGAACAGGCUUUCAUGGCUAUGGCUGCUUCAAUCAAGAACAGAGUGGCAAGCCAACCGGCAUCAAAUGAAAGGACGAAGCUCUGUUGCCUUGAUGAUUAUUUUGAUGUGGAGCUGUGGUGA